CAAAUGUCAAGUGUUUAUUUUGCCGAAAAACAUAUAAUGAAUUUCCUUUAAAAUUCCUCAUAAAUAAUCAGAAAAAACGAGCAAACCAUGGCAGAUUACAAAGUAAUUACAUCAGAUUUCGUGAAUCUCCAAAUUUCCACGUCGAAAAAUGACAUAUCCUUCAACGAGAAGCGCUUUCCCAAAGACAUCACCAUAACGAAUUUAAAGGCGAAACUCGAAUUAAUAACGGGCGGCAGUUGCAAUACGAUGCAACUCCAGGCUUACACGAAAGAUAACAAAUUAUUGUGUUCGAUGGACGAUGAUGAGGCCUGUUUGGGCUCUUUUCCGUUGGAAGACGGCAUGAGAAUUCACGUGGUCGAUAAUUUUUUGAUGAGAAGUGAAUUGGAAUUCGAAAACAUACCUAAAUUUGAAUUAUCUAACGAUGAAUACGAGAAAAAAGAUGACACUGUUAAAUCCUUUUUGAUGAAGAAUAAAUUAGGAAAAUACAGUGCUAACUUUAAUAAGAAAAAGGAGACUGCCGAGGAGGAGGAAAAAAAUUUAAUUGACCAGAUGACUGUCGGUUGUAGGUGUAAAGUGAGCGUGCAAAGCGCUCCUGAUCGCUUGGGAACUGUGAUGUAUACAGGAAGAGUCGAAGGCCUCGCGGGUUUUUGGGUAGGCGUGAAGUACGAUGAGCCCCUCGGAAAGAAUAAUGGAACAUUGAAAGAUAAAAAGUAUUUCGAAUGUCCGGAUAAAUACGGAGCAUUCGUCAAACCUCAAAACGUCACUACAGGAGAUUUCCCAGAAGAAGAUUACGAUUUGAACGAGGAACUUUAAUGCUGAUUUUGCCAUUCCAUUUGUUUACUGUUUUAAAUUAACUUGAGUAAUUAACGCUUUAACUCGAUUGUGAUGCUGCUUUUUAAUAUAUUAAUGAAGAUUUUUUCUAAAAAAUUGG